CCUCAAUCAGCCACCAUGGAGGAACUCCAGAGAAAACUGAAUCAGCGCUAUGAAGGCACCAAGCCCAGAAAGGUUAGGUUCAAGCUGGCGUCGUCCUACAGCGGUCGGGUGCUGAAGCACGUGUACGAGGACGGUCAGGAGCUUGACAGUCCAGAGGAGAAAUACCCACACAGCUUCGUCCACCGCAAGAUCCCCCCCAGCCACCUGGAGGUGGAGCAGCUGUGUGGGUUUGAGGAUGCUCAUGUGGACCAACCCAGUGUCUAUCCUCCAACAGGGCUCAUUGCCCAGAGAAUUAACGUGUACAGAGGAAUGGGAAGCUACAAGCCUGCUGCAGGCCAGACUGAGGAAGCAGAGGGUGAUGCCAAAUCCUCGGUGUUGGACUUUGGCAAGAUAAUCAUCUACACCAGCAAUCUGCGCAUCAUCAGAGCACCACCGAGGAAGAACGAAGCGAUGCGGCACCACACAGUGCCUCCGAUGGACUCGGAGGGAUAUCCAAAGGCCAGGGAGAGGGGGAGCAGGAGGAGGCCGAAAGCUUUUUGCACACAGGACGCAGAGAAGGAGGAGGAGGAGGAGGAGGAGAAACAGAUCAGCGACACAGAGACCAAGGAGGCCGACAGCUGCCAGCAUUGUGGCGGCUCGGGCUGCGCUCCCUGCUCUCUGUGUCACGGUAGCAAGCUGUCCAUGCUGGCGAACCGCUUCAAUGAGUCCAUCAGUGAUCUGCGUUGCCAAGCCUGCUACCCCCAUGGUCUGGAGAAGUGCCAGUCCUGCUCCAGCAAAUAGCACUGUUUGGCUGACACCCAUGUCUGGCAGAGAAAGGGAGUGAGUGAGUGAAUGAGAGUGUGUAGCUGUGAGUGAGUGCAUGCCCGAUGUGCAAUGGGUCUGUCACAAUUGUCUCAGCGGCAAUAUUGCUCUAAUCCAAAGUGUUCUUGGUGGGGUGUUUCGAAGCACUACUAGGAAACAUAAGCCAUCAUUGGAAAGGGGAAUUAUGAAUUGUGCAGCGGGCACAAAAUCAUAAAAUACAAUUACUGUGUGCAGUGAACAUGGCUUGCGAUAACACAAACACAUAAUCACUUUUUUGUUGUCACAUUAUUUUGCAUCUGCACCCUUCUUCCUGAUAAAACCGGGUUCCACGACAGAGUUAUCAGUUUAAUUAAAAUGAUGCAAACAUUUUGCUUUUAUUUUUAUCUACUGGGAAGGCUGCCCUGUUCCUAUCUCCUGUCUCUAUUCACCAGAGAGAAUGAAACCUUUUAUGUUCAAACAUGCUGUGUUGUAUGAGGGUAUGUUUUCCAUUUUUCCCACCCGAAAAACACAGGGUAAGAGAUAAAGAACUUGAGAUGGAAAUGGAAUAAGGUUCUAAGUCAGAAUUAUAGAGUCAAAGUAGACUGUGGCAUGAAAGGUCACAUCAUGAAUUAUAUUUGCACUACAUACAACAAUGGUGAAAUGCACUUCUGCCUAAGUGGACAUAUGCUCAUUUUCAGGUUCAUACAUAUUUUGGAUUUCUACAAAAACAUUUUCAAAAAACACAUUAUUUUCUUCUCUGCUGGUUACAAAAAGAGGUCAAUUUCUAUGUAAGUCGAUGGGAAAAUUACCCUACUUUCAAUUUUUAGUUUCAAGUCUUUUUCAAUAGAGCAUGAUGAUUAUUUGGUAAAUUAUGGUCCCAUUUUGAGUAAAAUAGAACAUAAACCAGGGUUUUUGGCUUUGGUUGAUUAAAAAUGUCUUGGUUAGUGUUUGGUGGUGGGAUUAAAAAAACUGAAAGGAGAUGGCUGUUCCCCUUGCUAACCAAGUUAGCUAGAUAGCACUAGUGUCAUUCCAGCACCCGAACUGUUCUGUCCAUGCACUGCUUGAAAAAAAUAAAAAUUAAAAAAAUAGGGCGUCAGCCAAUAUACCAACCUCAAGGCUUCAUAACUGGAGUCCUUCAACUAAUGAUUCACUAUUUUUUUUUUUUUGAUCUAUGGUUUUAGCACCUGUAACUCUCCACCACUCUGCUCUGAUUAGCUUGAAAAAAAAUGUUGCAUCUGGUUAGCUUGGUAGGCACUUCAGAUACCUAAAUGUACUGUAUGUUCACAGGCACUGAAAAAGUGAGUUUUCAUAAUAUGUCCAAAGUAUUCUCAUCCCAACUUGAUGAUACGUGAUACCAAAAUACUUGAUUCCAAUGCUUUGUCACAGUCUUUAGUCUGACAACAGACACAAGGCACCGUUUUGGAUUGGUUUUGGACAUUUUAGGGAUGGUGUUUCUGCUAGCUACAACAGACCAUAGGCUGUAUAAAAUAGCAUCAGACGCAGAGGAUUGGGACAAAGUGUCAGUAUCUGAGGAGUUGGGACUGAGACCGGGCUGAAAUGCCCCUUUUUGGAAGGUGACAGGAUGACACAGAAGCAGUGUUUAGCAUUUUUUUAAUUUAAGCUGCUAUUAUUGGUGAGAAAAGAAGUGGCAAACCUUUUAAAACCACAUUUCAAAUAAAAAAAAUGUUUUGAGGAGUCACUGUAAGACAAGGUGAGGUACAGAUGAGCUGAAAACGAGAAUUGUUAAAUAAAUGAUAAUAGUAUGCCAGCUCAGGAGGAUGAAUAAAAAUGGCAAUUAUGAUUUAUUUAUUUUUUAAUUAAUAAAUCUCAUUCUCAGGAUACUGCCAUUCAAAAUAGUUUCAAAGCUUUAUCCACACAGUUUUGGUAUAUGAAUGAAAUAAAACACCCAAUUAAUUUUCAAUGCCUCUUUUUAUUGUGUCCAACACUUUCUGUCUGGAAGUUGGGGCUUUAUUAACUCUGUGAUUCACUUUGUCCGUCUUUGUCUGUCUCCCUGUCAGCAGGAGUAUGAAAAAAACUACUGGCUCUAUUUUUGUGAAACUUGGUGUAGGGGUGUAGGCCGCGACAAAGCAGAACCCAGUGAAUUUUGCAGUGAGUCCAAAUCAUGAUGCAGAUACAGAAAUUAAUUUUCACUUUGGUUAAAACUGUGGACAGUUGUGGUGCAUUCCUGUGCUGUCAGAGUAAUAGAAAUUGGAGUUUCCCCAUCAUAUUUCAUUGCUUACUUGAUACGUCUCUUUUGCUCUUGCUGGAAACGGCUAUCCUUUUUGUGCUCUGAGCAAUAAAAUACACCCACUUUUCUUUGUAGCAUCGAUGCUGUUCCCACAUUACGAAUAAAAGCUCAUGAACACACCAAAGUCAGAAGAAUGACUUGGAAAUGGGCCAUGUGAAUGCACCACUGGUCUUGGUGAAGGUCUGUGCUCUCAAAGUGCCCUUCUAGUUGAUUUUGAUUAGAUUAAUAGCACAGGAUUAUCAUAUCCUCAGCCACCCCUGGCUGAUAUUUUUUAUGAUUAAAAUGUAGCAAAUGGAGUGUAUAAAUAUAGUAAAGGUCAUGGGGAUAUCACCUUAUGUUUUCUUGCAGUGUGCACGAGUAAAUGAUUCAUUCUUUUGCCUCUUCACUGAGCCUCAGAUCAGUCAGGACUGUCACAAUCACGUCAAACAUGUUUGAUAUGUAUGGCUGUAAUCUACACAAAUCUAAAUGUAGUCGGAGCAGCAUCAUAAUUCUAACGGCAACGUCUGUGACUGUUAUGUGUGAAAAUCAUUCCUUAAAAGCCUCGAGUUUUCACAGUGGGUUGGGAAUGUUUGUUUGUGUGUUCCCAGCAUGAAAACGAAAUGAAACAUAACAAUAAAA